GCCAAUCGGUGCGUGUGCUGCCGCCCGCCUUGCGCUCGCUCGCGUUAAAGUUCGAAUUACGAAAAUAAACCGACGUUAUAAAAUCUUCGAACUUACACCGAGUAUUAGUACUGCCAUAAUUUUGUGUGUUAAAGUGUAGUGUUUUACAGAAGAAUGGCGACAGAAAGCGAGUGCUCUGAGGGCGCGGAGCCGGUCGACCUGUACAUCUAUGACCUGACGCAGGGGCUUGCUGCUCUACUCUCACCAGCUAUCAUGGGACGGCAGGUGGAGGGCGUGUGGCACACAUCUCUAGUGGUGUUCGGCCGCGAAUACUACUACGGAGGAGGAGGCAUCGCUUCUGCACCCAUCGGCGGCACGAUGGCGGGACAACCCCGUGAGAUACAGCGCCUCGGCGUGACAUACGUGCCCGCUGCCGUGUUCCGCGAGUACUUGCAAGGACUGGCUGCGACUACGUUUGCCGGCUCGGCAUACACCCUCCUAGAGCACAAUUGCAACCACUUCACAGACGAAGUAGCACAGUUUCUAUGCGGCGCGCGCAUACCCAAGCACAUCGUUCAACAGCCGGAGACGGACUUGCCUCCUCCUUUCCGCGCCGCGCUUGAGAGCCUUUUGCGAGCACCGGACGGUGGACAGUCGAUCAACGGCGGUGGAGUGCGGUACGACCGGCAGGACAGCCCGGACUACCUUACACUCAACACUCAGAUUGAGGAAGCCAGGGCCCAAUCCACAGUGUUAGAGCAAAGACGCACCGCACUGGCCGACAAGCUGGCCCGCAAGGAGCGGCGCCGUGAGAAGAAACGCCGAAAGAUGGGCGGAGGCGAUCUCAGCGUUGAACAAGACAUGGCAGAAGCAGUAGAAGCCCCACCACAGGAAGAGUUGCGCGCUCGCGCCGGUCCCAGCAGCGAACCAGAGGAAGAUGAGCGCGGUGCGGCUGAACUGAGGCGCAGGGCUAAAGACCCGCCCAUCACCUUCAAGGACAUCGAUGGUGCAGCAGAGUUCGCAAAGCUGCAAGCGGCCGUCGGCAAUCUCACACUAACCCCUGAGGAGCAUCAGUCGCUCAGCGAGCUGGAACAGUACUUGGUGCAAGGCGAGGGCAGCUGGGCACUUGGUGAUGAGUUCCUUGCGUUCAUCGGCCGCCUCCUAAACGCGGACAGUUCAGAAGAGAUCAGGGUGGCCACGCUGCGCUGCCUCGCCGCCAUGGCGCUGCGCGACGACGUGUCCCUGCUGCUGCACCAGGACCGGCGCUCGCACGCCGUCAUGAACUACGCGCGCCGCAUCGACCAGCUGCCGCCCGCCGAGCAGAGCGCGCUCGCGCUGGCGCUCUGCAACCUGUUUGAGAACAUCUCAUCGUCAGAGUGGCUGCUCUACAUCAGCGAAUGGGAAGUAGACGGUCAGCCCGUCUCCAACAUCCGCGUCACCACCAAGGUGGCCGUCCACGCGACGCUAAGCGAGGACGCGACGCUGCGCGACAUCGGCACCGCGCUCAUGUACAACAUGGCCACCAAGGAGGUAAAGACCGUGGUCUUCGACGAUGUCUCCGUGGAGCUCGCCAUGGCGCUGCUGCAACUGCUGGCCGGAGCUCCGGGCGAAGAGCUCCUGUUCAGAGCUGUGGCGGCCCUCGCUCGCCUCGCACACCACUCUUCAGAGGUCGGACAACUGGUGGCCAUGGUCGGUCCCCCGCCAGAUAACUACAGAGGCAUGAGCCCGCGAUGCGACGAGAAGAUAGACCUCAUCAUGCAGAAAGUGAAGUAACUAGUCUAGACAUAAUCACCAUAGCAUAGAGUAUAUUACACCAACGCAUUUUCUCGCGGUUCCAUACCUUAAUUAUUGGUACUUAGAAAUUUAUUUUCAUUAGCGUGGGCCGGUCUUAUUUAUUAUUGUUAUUAAUUUAUUGAAAUACAUAUUUAUGUAAUAUUUGCAAUUUUAAAUGCAUUUGUUUUUUUGACCGGCGCUACGAGGUUUUUGGUUUAUUGUAAAUAAAGUUAGAUAUCGGUAAGGGGUUUUAGUGUAAGUACCUGAAUUUAAUGAGAUGUAUUGUAUUGUUACUAAUAAAGAUAUUACGGUUAUCGGCGGACGCUGACUGACAAUAUAUUUAUGAACUGAA